CGCGGCGGAGUGGAUUUUCCUGAAGCUGUCAUUUCUCUUCCGGGCCACUCGCGUGGCACAUGUUUGCCGCCCACAAAGCGGGGAGAGAGCACGCUGGUUCGCCCGGGAGAAGGCCCGCCCGGACUGUCGAUGGGCUCUUCGGGGAACUUUGAGCUCUUUGGAGCCUGCUGGAACUUGCUCCCGCAGCUCCCGCAGCACGGCUUGGACGUACCGACUGCGCCCCAAGACGCGCGCUGGGCUCCUAGGAAUGUGUAACUUCUUGCCCCUUUGAUCGGGAGCUCAGAGAUGCCGGGUUCUUGACAUAAAGUAACUGCAGUUAUGAUGCUGGAAGCAAAUAAGACUUCAAGACUUACAGUCUUGCUCCUGCUGGAACUUGAGUUUUCCCGAAUACUUUCACAGUUGAGUUUACUGGGCCCAGUGGUUGAUCGUUUUAAAUGAGCUUCGUUUAGUAAACUCAUUUCCAAGAGUAGGUCAUUCUUCAGACCCAUUUGGGGGAAAUGGAAGAGGGCAUUUGGCACCUGAAGUACUGUUGGGGUGUCACAAGGCUCUCAUCGUUUCUUCUAUGAGCCUCACCAAUGUGGCAUUGCCCAUCUCAGUUCAGUGAUUGGGAUUCUCAGGGUGGGCCUGGACCUAGGCUGUAUCCCACUUUCCAGCCAUGGGAGGAGAACCUUUGCCUGAUAAUUUUAAAAUCUGAGCACACAUGUGGAGCCCAGCCAGCUCUGGAACCAGUCAAAUGUGUCCCAAAGCCUGGAACUCUUCUGUUGUAGAUGGGAAAUGCUCAAACAUUGUGAGAGAGCUUUGUGGAAUCACUCCAGAAAGACAGGUAAACUGUGGCCUUGCUCAUGUUUAAAGAUAUUUUUCACCUUAUCACAACUCCAGAUCGUCUCAAGAACCGUGGGUACCGAUGGAUGUGGCUGAGAGCCCUGAACAGAAUCCUCGCUCCCCAGAGGAUGAAGAGGAACAGCCAGCACUUUCUGACGAUGACAUUCUAAGGGAAAGUGGGUCUGAUCAGGAUUUGGAUGGAGCUGCAGGGAGGGCUUCUGAUUUAGAGGAUGAGGAGAACACAGCCAGGGCACCAAGCCAGGAGGAGAGUCGCUCUGAUGAGGAGGACCGAGCCAGUGAGCCCAAAUCCCAGGAUCAGGACUCUGAGGCGCACGAGCUGAACAGGGGUCCUGCAGGCUCCCCCUGUGAGGAGGAGGCAGAUGACGGCGAGGAGGACCGUGCAAGCGACCUCAGGGAUGAGGCCUCCUCUGUGACCAGGGAGCUGGAUGAGCACGAGUUAGACUAUGAUGAGGAGGUCCCCGAGGAGCCGGCUCCUGCGGCCCCAGAGGACGAGGCCGAAAAGACAGGGGCUGAGGAGGAUGAGAAGGGGGAAGGCGCUCCUGCAGAGGAGGGGAAGCCUGAAGCCCAGGGUGUGGGCGAGAAGGAGCCCCCAGAGGCUACCAAGGAGAAGAAAAAAGAGGACGAUGACGGAGAGAUUGAUGACGGGGAGAUAGACGAUGAUGAUCUGGAGGAAGGCGAAGUGAAGGACCCCAGUGACAGGAAGGUGAGGCCUCGCCCCACCUGCCGAUUCUUCAUGAAAGAUGUUGUGACACCAUUAUCCACUCUUCUUCCACCAAUACCAAAUUCCAUACCACUCAGAGGCCAGGUUAAAGGAAAUUGUACCUGGGGAAUGAAUUGUAGGUUCAUACACCCCGGAGUGAACGACAAAGGGAACUACUCCCUCAUCACCAAAGCUGACCCUUUCCCGCCUAAUGGUGCCCCGCCUCUUGGACCUCACCCACUGAUGCCUGCCAACCCUUGGGGUGGGCCAGUGGUCGAUGAGAUCUUGCCUCCACCCCCUCCAGAACCUCCAACAGAGAGUGCCUGGGAGCGAGGACUCCGGCAUGCCAAGGAGGUUUUAAAAAAAGCAACCAUUCGAAAAGAACAGGAACCUGAUUUUGAAGAGAAAAGGUUCACGGUGACCAUUGGUGAAGAUGAACGCGAGUUUGACAAAGAAAAUGAAGUUUUCCGAGAUUGGAAUUCUCGGGUCCCGAGAGAUGUCAGAGAUACAGCACUUGAGCCUUAUGCGGAUCCUUACUAUGACUAUGAAAUAGAGCGCUUUUGGCGUGGUGGACAGUACGAGAAUUUCAGGGUACAAUAUACAGAAACAGAACCGUACCAUAAUUACCGAGAAAGGGAGCGCGAGCGCGAGCGCGAGAGCCGACAGCGCGAGCGCGAGCGCGAACGGGAGCGCGACCGGGAGCGCGAGCGUCGGCAGAGGGAGCGCGAGCGCGAACGGGAGCGCGAGCGGGACAAGGAGCGGCAGCGGAGGAAGGAGGAGUGGGAGCGCGAGCGCGCCAAGCGCGACGACAAGGACCGACAGCACCGCGACCGGGACAGGGACAAGGAGCGGGAGAAGGAGAAGGAGAAGCCAAAGCCCCGCUCCCCGCAGCCACCAAGCCGUCAAGCUGAGCCACCAAAGAAGGAGGCCGCCUCUGUGGGGCCUCAGGUGAAGCGAGCAGAUGAGUGGAAGGACCCCUGGCGACGGUCCAAGUCUCCCAAAAAGAAGCUUGGGGUUUCCGUCUCCCCUAGUCGGGCACGAAGGCGUCGAAAGACCUCAGCCUCAUCAGCGUCUGCCUCCAACUCCUCCAGGUCGUCCUCACGGUCAUCGUCCUACUCGGGCUCUGGCUCGUCACGGUCCCGAUCCCGGUCCUCGUCCUACAGCUCCUACUCCAGCCGCUCUUCCAGACACAGCUCCUUCUCAGGCAGCCGGUCCAGGUCCCGGUCCUUCUCCUCAUCGCCAUCCCCGUCUCCCACGCCUUCUCCACACAGACCUCCCACCAGAACCAAGGGGGAACCGGCACCGCCCCCAGGGAAGACAGGAGAGAAGUCGGUGAAGAAGCCAGUCCCACUCCCCGUCCCACCACAAGCUACCAAAACCACUGCUCCUGCCCCUGAGCCCACCAAGCCAGGAGACCCCCGGGAAGCCAGGAGGAAGGAGCGACAAGCCCGGUCGCCCCCCCGGAGGCGGACGCUCAGUGGCAGUGGCAGCGGCAGUGGCAGCAGCUACAGUGGCUCCAGUUCCCGAUCCAGGUCCCUGAGCGUGAGCAGUGUCUCCUCGGUGUCCAGCGCCACCUCGAGCAGCAGCUCAGUGCACAGUGUGGACUCAGAGGACAUGUAUGCAGACCUGGCCAGUCCUGUGUCCUCAGCCAGCUCUCGGUCCCCCACCCCAGCCCAGACCAAGAAGGAGAGAGGAAAAUCAAAGAAGGAAGAUGGUGUUAAGGAAGAAAAGCGGAAGAGAGAUGGGUCCACACAGCCGCCCAAGUCCUCGAAGCUCCCGGCAGGCGGGAAGUCCUCCCAGCAGCCCUCAGCGCCCCAGCAGGCACCCCCCGGGCAGCCACAGCAGGGCUCCUUCGUUGCCCACAAGGAAAUCAAGCUGACGCUGCUGAAUAAGGCGGCUGACAAAGGAAGCAGGAAGCGGUAUGAACCAUCAGAGAAAGACAGGCAAAGUCCUCCAGCCAAGAGGGCCAACUUAUCCCCAGACCGAGGUUCUCGGGACCGGAAGUCAGGAGGGAGGCUGAGCUCCCCGAAGCCGGAGCGGCAACGCGGCCAGAACUCCAAAGCCCCCCUGGUCCCCACAGACAGGAAGCGCCAGCUGUCACCCCAGUCCAAGAGCUCCAGCAAGGUGACCAGCGUGCCCGGCAAGGCCACAGACACAGCUGCAGCCAGUGCCAAGUCCGGGAAGGCUAGCACGCUGUCGCGGCGGGAGGAGCUCCUGAAGCAGCUCAAGGCGGUGGAGGACGCCAUUGCUCGCAAGCGGGCCAAGAUCCCCGGGAAGGUGUAGGCCCGGCUGGCGCCUGGAGUGACUCGUGUUUUUAUAUAAUAGGGUAAGCGCAGCCAUUUCGGAUUUUGCAGUUAAUGUCUUAUUUUGGCUGUGAUUCUUUUUAAAAAUUAAAAAAAGAAUAAAAAAAGUUUCUCAGCUGGAAAAGAAGCCACACACAAAAUGAAGAUGAUGCUGAGUCCCGGCCUCCCCCUCCAGAAGGAUCAGUCCCUCCCGAGCAGAAGUCCCACCAGCAGACAGACAGGCCUGCCUGGACGAGGCGUGGUCUUAUGUAAAUUAUAAGUCCCAGACGUGGCCCAGCCUGCGAUGCCCUCCUGCCUCCUGUCUCCACCUGCCGAGGCAGCCUCCUCGCUGGGCGCCUCUCCAGCAAGCCUCCAUGGGGACAAGACCUGAGCACUUGGUGAACCCCGGCACAUCUUCCUCUCCCUCACCACCCGGAUCAGAAGUAUAUAUAUAUUCUUGACUGAAGUCUGAUUGGGAAUAUUUCCUGUCUUAUUUGAAGCAUCAAUUUGUUUUAGUUGAUUUAAAAAGGAAAAAAAAAAAAAAAGGCCAAGGGUAUUGGGGUGUCUGUCUAAUGUGGAGGGUCUUUUUUUGAGGGAUCUCCUAAAAUAAAAUAUUUUGAUAAGCAGUU